GACCCCGUAAGCGACGGACGGGCGGUAUUCACGCAAAGACAAGAGUCCAUUCUUCAGUAACCGGCUCAACGGAGAGGGAAACUAGAGGUUCUUGAGGCAGCACUCAGAGAUGGAGAGGCAAGAAAUAACUGAAGUACUGGAAACUGAUAGAGCAACACCAGAUGCGUGCUCAGAAAAUGCAACCCAAGAUCAAUAUCUGAAACAUCCUCUACAGAACAGGUGGGCACUGUGGUAUUUUAAAAAUGACAAGUCCAAAAGUUGGACAGAAAACUUGCGGCUUAUUGCUAAAUUUGAUACAGUUGAAGACUUCUGGGCGUUAUAUAAUCAUAUACAACAACCAAGUAAAUUGCUGUUUGGGUGUGAUUAUUGUUUGUUUAAGGAUGGUAUUAAACCAAUGUGGGAAGAUGACAAGAAUAAAAAAGGUGGAAGAUGGCUAAUGACGCUUAACAAGCAACAGAGGCACAAUGAUCUGGAUCGAUACUGGCUGGAAACACUUUUGUGCCUGAUUGGCGAGGCCUUUGAGUAUAGUGACGAGGUUUGUGGAGCUGUUGUAAACGUCAGGCCAAAAGGCGACAAAAUAGCAAUCUGGACAGAAAACUGCCAAAACAGAGAAGCAGUGGUUUCUAUAGGGCAUUUGUACAAAGAACGCCUAGGACUGUCUUUGAAAACUCUUAUUGGGUACCAGUCACAUGAUGAUACUUCUAGCAAAAGUGGAUCUACAACAAAGAAUCUAUUUUCAGUUUAAGAACAGUCUUAAAUGCAACAAACUUAAGAUUCAUCUGCUAAUUGUGUUAAAAUAACAAACUUUGGAUCGAUCAAUAUAUACUUGGAACAAGCAGAAGCAAAGCGUGCCAUGUUCUGGGAUUAUCUUGCUGCUGAUUGAAUUUGGUUUCUAUUGGCAAGUGAAAGGAGAAUGCAAAAAGCCUUAAUAAUAGGUCUAUAGAAUUCUUCUCAUUUUCUACGUCUCAAAUUCAACAGUAAUGGAUGAAACGACUUCUCAGUUUUAACUGCCAUUUCUACCUUAACAGAAGUUGGCAGCUGCUUGGUGUGUACAAAUUACAUUGCUCACUUCAAUACAAGGGCAAAGUCCAAUAAGUACUUUCCUAAUAUUUGGCAAGACUCCUGACAUGUUGAGACCUAUCUGGAAUUUGUUUGGUGGAGCUGAGAGCAGUGUGUUUGUGUGCAACAAACAAUGAACAACAAAAUACUCAUUCCCAUAGCAAUACACAUUUAUAUGCUUGUGUCAUUUUUUACAAAUGGCAUGUUCUCAAAUAAAGUAUUCAUUAAGUAAUGGCCCUCUGCAUGGAAACAAGUGCAAUCUAACAUAGCCACAUUCAUAGUAUUGCUUAAAGGACAUAUAUUUGUACUAGGGUGAGAUUAUUCCAAAUCUGCCUCAACCUAGUAUAAAUGUGGGUGAAGUUGUAGUAUACUACUUUGAGCCAGUGUGAGAAAUGACUGGCUGCCUCUUGAAGAUGGAUCUGAAUGCACAUUAGAAGCCAAUGGGAAUGUACUGUUCAUUUUAUCCCCCAGUUUUUUUUUCAUGGCCGUGUUAAAUUAUUUGAAAUGUAAACAGAGUAAGAACUGACAAAAGUGGAAUAACUGUACUUAAACC